UAUUACCUUCUCUUUUCCUGGACAGCAAAUCAUUGGGGGAAAAAAGACCUUCCCAGGAUGUGAACUCUUGGCAACUCUAGCUGUUUCUGUCUCUUGAAUAACCUUUUUGUGUGUAUAGUCUAAGCAAAUCUUAGGCAGAACCAUCCACUCCUAUAUAUAUUUUUAUAUAUAUAAACCAAUCUUCACAGCACAAUAUGACCUCUCAAUCUUUCUUUCUUGUGCUUAUGUUGUUCUUCUUUGAUUCUCAUAUAUCAUGAGCAACAUACCAAGAUCUCUUACAGGCUCUUCUUUUACCCUUUUCAAGCUUGCCAUUUCUGCCUCUGACCCUUGGCCUUUCUCUCUCGUUUUCUUAUAGCCGAUAUCCAAGAAUUUAGUGCAAAAACAAGAAAAGAAAGCAAGCUUGGGCUUUUAUACAAGUUUCUUUUGCUGUUUCUUCGAUUUUCUCUUUUAUUUUCUGGGUUGUGGAAAAAUGGGGAGUGGGGAUAAACUCCAUUUGAAUUUCCAUAUUCACUUGCCAAACCACCACCACCACCACCAUGGGAGGAAAGAGUUGAAAGAUAUCCCAAAAGGGUGUCUUGCUGUCAUGGUAGGUCAAGGUGAGGAGCAACAAAGGUUUGUGAUUCCUGUGAUUUAUAUAAAUCAUCCAUCCUUCAAGCACCUGUUGAAAGAAGCUGAGGAAGAGUUUGGAUUUGAUCAACAAGGCCCCAUCACUAUUCCUUGUCAUGUUGAGGAGUUUCGCAAUGUUCAGGGCAUGAUCGAAGAGGAGAAUUCCCAGUAUCACCACCACCACUAUCAUGUUUGGUGCUUUAGGGUUUGAUUUAUUUAUGGAAUCGUGUAAAAACUAUAAUUCGUUUCUUUUCUUUACUCUCCUUUGUCUUCUGGAUUAGUUAUAAUUAGCCAGUUCAAUAUUGUAAAUUUUGAUGAUCAAGGACAAAAUUAAUGAAAAAGUACUGUUUUUUGCUUAGAGAAAA